CAAAAACAGAACGUCUAGUACUUUCCCUUUCUUCCCCACACAGAGAGUUCCGAUCAGAGAAACGAAACUCAGAGGAGAGAGACAGGACAGGAGUGUUAAAGUAAUUUUCACCAGAAAUUCAUCUCUGUAACUCUGUUCGUCGCAUGAUCGUAGAGAUCCAGGUUCUUUAAAUAGAAGAAGAAGAAGAAUAAACCAGAGGAGGUAAUUGUUGUGCGUAGCGUAGCUAGGAGAGGAAGAGAAAGAGAAAGAGAGAGAGGGAUGGGAGAUGUGUGGACAUGGAUUAUUUCAUUCUUAAUCCUUAUCACUCUUGUCGGAUUCAUCGUCUACCAGCUUAUUUGCUUAGCUGAUCUGGAAUUUGAUUACAUCAACCCUUACGACUCUGCAUCAAGAAUAAACUUUGUGGUAUUACCUGAGUUCAUUCUUCAAGGCUUCCUAUGUUUCUUCUACCUCGUCACUGGUCACUGGUUCAUGUCACUACUUGGCGUCCCUUAUCUCUACUACAACUUCCAACUUUACUCGAAAAGACAGCAUUUGGUAGAUGUGACAGAGAUCUUCAACUUGCUUGAUUGGGAAAAGAAGAAACGCCUCUUCAAACUCGCCUACAUGAUCCUCACUCUCUUCCUCACCAUUUUCUGGUUAAUCUAUUCAACAUUGGAUGAUCACGAGGACUGAAGGCAAAACACACUACCGCCAUGUGACAUGGAAAGAAAGGUUUAUGAUAUAUGUUUAUUACUGAAGAGUAUGUUGUUAGGGUUUGUGGUGGGCAUUAGAGAUUUGUGUAACCAGAUUUUAGUCUGUAGUGAAACAUUCUUCUGAUCUUGCGGUGAUGAUAUAACAUUACAUUUGGAACCCUCUAACUUGUCCAGAGGUUUUGUUUUAUUUUUUAGCUCCAAAUUAAUCUGAAGUUCCAGACGAAAUUAACAAAUUCUUGAAUUGUAUGAAAUCAAAAGGUUAGAUAUUGUUUGACCUCUUCCUAA